AUGGAUCCACCCACCGGUACUAUCAUUUUCACCUCUGUCGGCAGGCCCUAUUACGGGUUCGACGUUUUCUCCGUCACCCUGCCAUCCAAUUUCGACGACCCAUUUCCCGAGCGCCGCCUCACAGACGGCCGGUCAGUCAAUUUUAACGGCCAGUUCGUGGAUGAGGACGGGACCCUCGUUUUCAUAUCCGAGCGCACCGGGUCGGCCCGAAUCUUCUUAAACCGGCCGGGUGAAAGUAGCCCCGAACAACUCCAUACCCCGCCGGAAAGCCUCUUUCACGACCGUCCCGUCGUGAAAAAUUGCCGGCUCUAUUUCAUUUCAGCUCACGAGCGACCCGACAAGCCGUUCCGGAGCUGGUCGGCUCUCUACUCGACCGGACUCGAAAGGAAGAAUGAGAAAGCUGCCGUGCGGCUGACGCCCUACGGCUCCGUUGAUUACAGUCCGGCCGUCUCACGCUCCGGAAAUCUUGUCGCCGUAGCUUCAUACGGGUCCCGGCCAUGGGACGGCGAGUUCCACCAUCUCGAAACGAAUAUCGUGGUUUUCCAGGAGUCUGAUCCUUCGAAUCGUGUUGUGGUGUGCGAGCGUGGAGGCUGGCCCACGUGGUCCGGAGACUCAUCCCUGUACUUCCACCUCUUGGCAAACGAUGGUUGGUGGAGCAUUUACAGAGCAGACUUACCGAACAAUUUUGCGUCGACCAGCGCCUCCCUGGCACUGGCACUGGCACCCAUCCGAGUCACGCCACCGGGCAUCCAUUGUUUCACUCCCGCCGCAAUGCAUCACAGUGGCAACAAGCUCGCCGUUGCCACAAGACGCAAGGGCAGCAAAUACCGCCACAUCGAGAUUUUCGACGUGGAUCGUCAGAAAUUCCAUCCGGUGACCGAGCGUAUAAACCCUGAUAUCCACCACUACAGUCCUUUCAUUUCACCUGAAUCCAAUUACCUCGGCUACCAUCGGUUCAGAGGGGAAUCGGGUCCGGGUGAGUCCACCGUCCCACAUCUCGAUCCGAUCACCAGUCCAACUCCAAAGCUCGACAUGUUUAGGCUCAACGGCAAUUUCCCGGCAUUCUCCCCUUCCGGAGACCUCGUCGCCUUCAAUCACAACUUGGGAGGACCCAACGCCGGCCUCAAGGUCGUGAAAUCCGACGGCUCCAUGAGGUGGACGCUUAUCGAGAACCGAUCAGCCUUCUGCAAUUCGUGGAGCCCAGUUAACGACAAUGUCAUCUUCACAUCCAUUGGCCCGAUCUUCGAGUCCGAGGAUACAGCUGUGCAGAUCGCUCGUGUCACGUUCGACCCUAAACAUCUAUCCGGUAAUUGUAAUCGGGUCCCUGUAGAAAUCAAAAUUCUCACAAAAAAGGGCACGGGUAACAAUGCCUUCCCGUCCUGCUCACCUGAUGGGAAAUCCAUCGUGUUCCGUUCCGGACGGUCGGGCCACAAGAAUCUGUACAUAGUCGGUGCAGUUAAAGGUGAGAUAGAGGGGGAAAUCCGCCAGCUUACGGAAGGGCCGUGGAUAGACACAAUGCCGAGUUGGUCGCCUGACGGGAAGCUAAUUGCCUUCUCUUCUAACCGGCACAAUCGGGACAACACAGAUGCUUUCGGGAUAUAUUUGGUGAAGCCAGAUGGCACGGGUGUGACGAGGGUCCAGGUGGCAGGAGUCGAGGAAGAGAGGGAGAGGUUGAACCAUGUUUGCUUCAGUGUGGAUGGGGAAUGGCUGUUGUUUACUGCAAAUUUGGGGGGUGUGACGGCUGAGCCUGUGGGGCUGCCGAACCAGUUCCAGCCGUAUGGGGAUUUGUACUUGGUGAGGUUGGAUGGGAGUUGUUUGAGGAGGCUGACAUGGAAUGGGUAUGAGAACGGGACGCCAGCCUGGCACUCGAGGGCAUUGGUUUCAGGUGAUGAGGUGAGUGGAAGUUUUACACGUCUAUGCUUAAGGGAUGAAAAUGGGGAGGAUAAGUUGACGGGCCAAUUUGAUGACCCGCUAUGGAUACGAUGUGAUUUGUGA